CAGAGAGGCUGGAGGACCCCGAACAGGAGCAGGGUUGGAGUUGCUGCCUCGCUCCUUUCCUCUCUGGGGCAGAAAAGGGAACUGAACCAUUAGCAACCUAGAAAGUGUCUAUAAAAAGCUUCCUGCUUCCCAAGAGUCAAUACUAUUUGAUUCAUAGAUCUUUUCAUUGGACUUCCAGGACUUGAUGAUCCCACUGCCUUGUGCAGACUUUGCUUUAUUGCAUAACCCAACAGAGAAGAGAGGCCUCUUUGGUAUCACUGGAGGCUACUUUGCAGCCUAGAACAAAAAAAUGGAAGAAGAAGAGUCACUUGGAUCUGAAGUAGGAAGAGACCCUAAUACCAUCCAGGAUGGGGAACUCUGGGGGGGAAAACACACAGAAAAUCCUGGGGGAAGAAGAGAUGCUGAGCUCAAAUGUUCGACAGCAGCACUUCAGGAGGUUCUGUUACCAGGAAGCCAAGGGACCCCGAGAAGUUUGCAGCCGACUCCACACACUCUGCCAUCAGUGGCUGAAGCCACAGAGUAACACCAAGGCUCAGAUCCUGGACCUGGUGAUCCUGGAGCAGUUCCUGGCUGUCCUUCCCCCAGAGAUGGAGAGCUGGGUCAGGGAAUGUGGACCAGAGACCAGCUCAGAGGCAGUGGCCUUGGCAGAAGGCUUCCUCCUAAGUCAGAUGGAGGAAGAGGAGCAGGAAGAGCAGCAGGGCCUCUCUGUGAAAGUGGACACCAAUAUUCUGAGGGCAGAAAAAACUCCACCAAAGGCUCAUUGGAAAUCACUAACCAGAUGGAUCAAGCAGGGGAAUGAAGAAAGGAUCACCUCAGUGGAAAAUGGACCACAGAGGCCAGCAAUGUGUACUUGUUCGUCUCCUACCUGUGAUGCAACGGAAGCAGUUUAUGUAAAACUGGAACAGGUGACCUUUGAAGAGGUGGCUGUGUAUUUCACUGAGGAGGAGUGGGCCCUGCUGGACUCGGACCAAAGAGCCCUGCACAAGGAGGUCAUGGAGGAGAAUUAUGGAAUGGUGUCUUUUUUUGGUGGUGAUGAACUGGAGCAAAAGAAUGAAGAAGCUCCAUGUAUUGUGUGGCUGGAAAGAACCAGAUGUAAAAAGGGGAAAGAACAAAGCACAAGAACAGAAACAAGGGGGAGAAAGAGGACACCGCCCUCUUCUUCUCAGCAUGCUGACAUCUGGGAAAUCCUAUUCCAUGAAAAAAUAGACAAAGGUGAGGAAGGUACGUGGUGCUUUCGCUGUGGAGAAUACUUCCAUUGGACAUCAGGCCCAAACUGCACUAUGAGAAAUCAUACAGGGGAGAAAGCCCAUAAAUGCCAGCGAUGAGGUGACAGCUUCAAAUGGAGACCACACCUGACUCAUCACCAAAUCAUUCAGAUGGGUGAGAAACCAUAUACCUGCCUGGAGUGUGGCAAAAGCUUCAGUCGGAGUGGAACCCUCAAGAGACAUCAAAUCAUCCACACUGGAGAGAGACCGUACACCUGUCUGGAAUGUGGGAAAGGCUUCAAUCAGAGUGGAGCCCUCAAGAGGCAUCAAAUCAUUCACAAAGAGGAGAAACCCUACAAAUGCUUGAACUGUGGGAAAGGCUUCAUUGAAAAGAGAAACCUCAUUGCACAUCAGAUGCAUCAUGCAGGGGAUGAAUGCCAGGAGUUUGGAAAUCAGUGCAGUCACAAAGCAGUCUUCAGAACAUAUCAGGAUGUUUCAACAGGAGAGAAACCAUAUACAUGCCUAGAGUGUGGGAAAAGCUUCAGUUGGAAAUCCCACCUCAUUCGGCACCAAAUAAUUCACACAGGGGAGAAACCAUUUAAAUGCAUGAUUUGUGACAAAAAGUUCAGCCAGAGAUCAAAGCUGAAUAAACAUCAGGUUACUCAUACAGGGGAAAAACCCUAUAAAUGUUUAGAGUGUGGGAAGAGCUAUAGUGAGAAGAGAAACUUUAUUGCACAUCAGAUGACUCAUACGGGAGAGACACCAUACAAAUGCCUGGAGGCUGGAAUGAAUUUGAGUCAGGGAUCAACCCUGAAAAGACAUCAAAUCAUUCAUAGAGGACAGGAACUGCACAUGAAUGGAAAACCCCUCUAUAUUCCAUACGAACUGUCUCCAAUCUAGACUAACAAUUGAUUCAACAAUAUUUUUUUAAAAAAUAAGGCCUAGUGGGUUCAGCUUAAUAGGGGUCAUUAGGCACUGGUGGUAUUACACUGGCUUAUGUGGUUAUCACUUCUUGGGUCUCCCUUUGGGGUUGAAUGGUAUCUUGUAUAUGGUUUUUGUUCUAGAACACAGAUUGGCAAAUUUGCCAGUGUCCUUCUGCAUGUAUGGUCUAGAAGGUAACAGAUGAGCAAGGGACCCUGGAGACCACAUAUUUGAGAAGAGACAUACUCUGGGUUCAUAUGGAUAAAUAACCACAAUUUGUCAGUCAGUAGAUGGACAGCUAUACUGCUGUUUCUCUGUUUUUAAUAUAAAUCUGACCCCUGUAAACAUGUUGUAAUAGCUGGCUUGCAUAGAUGCCUACCUGCAUAUGCCUGUUUUUUGUCCUUGUUCCCUCAUUGUCAGUAGAUACUAUUUUUCAUUCUCUGGAACAAUUAGAAUCAUAGAGCUGGAAGGGACCCCAAGGGCUGUUUAGUCCAACCCCUUGCUAGGGGAGGAAUGCACAGUUCAAGCAUCCCUGAAAGGUGACCAUCUAAAUCUGUUUUUUUUUUUUAAAUCACUUAAUGUUUGCCCAUCACUGUUCAAAAUAUUCCAUUCCACUUCAUGGAGUUGUCCCUAAAGUUUUAAUUAGGAUAUCCUUAUUGAGUCCAUUGGUUCAUGUUGUAGCCUUUAUAGCAUAAAACAACAAACCUGCUGCAUAUUCUGGAGUGCUUCUCAAGCUCUCUGAUAUUUGGGACCAGUGACUAUUUUUUUGUAAUGUGUCAGGGAUUGGUACUAUAAUUGUGCCCCUUGGUCAAAACUAGUUUUUCUUUCUUGGAAAUUCACCAUGGAGUGGUACCACUUCAGCCUUUUGAGUAGUACUGAUUUACAGUCAUGUAGAAUCAAAUCAAUUGACUUGGACUCAAGUCACUUUAGUGACAACAGUGACUUGACUCGUGACUUGUAUAUUUUUAGCAACUGAUUUGCUAGUAUCAUUCGCUUUGAGCAGCAGGCAAGGGCACAUUUUCUCAGCAGAAAACAGCAAAUGCGUUUGGCAACAGGUUUGAGACAGAAGGAUCCUUCUAAAGCUUUUGAUGGUGUGCAGUGGGGACAAGACACCAAGCAGACCUAAAGCACUGCCUCAAGCCCAUUACUUAAUGUACUUGCUGUUCACCUCUGAAAAAUGUGCCCUACCUCCCUUUUUUCUGUUAAAGUUGGCUCCCAGACUUGGGACUUGAUUUGAAAGGAUUUUGCAAGGACUUGAGACUCAAUUUGAGACUUGAAGGUAGAACUUGACCCGAGACUUGGGGUAAAAAACUUUAAUACAUCAUUGCUGAUAUACAUGACAUUCCACAUCCCACUGGAUGACCUUGGACAAAUCUCACCCUCUCAGCCUCAGAGGAAAGAAAAGGCAAAUCCCCUUUGAACAAAUCUUGCUAAGAAAACUAAUGAUCGGAUUGCCCUUGGUAUCUGAAGCACUUUAAUUUUAGGAUCCCCACAGAUACCAUGGAUGCUCAAGUCCCAUUACAUACAAUGGUGUAGUAAAAUGGCGUUUCAUACCUAAAAUGGCAAAAUUAAGGUUUGCUUUUUGGAUUUUUUAUAUAUAUGCACAAGCCAUGGAUGGCUGAAUCAAAAUCCGUGGAUCCAUGGAUACAGAGGACUCUUACAGCAGAUAUGUAGAGAUACACUGUCUUUAGACAAAAAGUCCCAUAUUUUAUUCAUUCCUUAAUUUGGUUCUUGUUAUAUGCCUUCAGGUUGACUGACCUAUUGGGAUGAUAUCAUAGUUAUGUGACUACAGUGGGCCCUUAUUAUCCGCUGAGGUUUCAUUCCAGGACACACACACACACAUGUGGACAGCAAAAUUCGUAGAUGCUCUAGUCCCAUUAAAUACAAUGGCAUAGCAAAAUGUCCCUU